CAAGAGGCAGCAAAACGAAACGGCCGAGUCAGUCUCUUCUUUCUUACCUCUCCCUCCUCCCAAAAGUCCAAACCCUAGCCGUCUAGCCCUCCCGAUCUAAUCCCCAUACCUACCCACCCCGCCGAGAUUUAGGCGGCCAAUGUCCCCGCCGUCGCCGCCGCGGUCUCCACGCUCCCUCCCCAACUAGUGCUCUCCCCUCCCAGCCCAAGGAUCCGCGCGGCGCGACCGGCCGUUCGAGCUCGCCGCCAUGAGCGGCGCGUCCAACAGCGCCUUCAGCGAGGAGGUACUCGCCGACAAGCUCGCCAAGCUCAACAACACGCAGCAGUGCAUCGAGACGCUGUCGCAUUGGUGCAUCUACCAUCGGAAGGAUGCAGAGCUAAUUGUCCAGACAUGGGCUAAGCAGUUCCAUAGCUCUGGAAACGAACAGAAGGUCCCUUUUCUUUACCUCGCUAAUGACAUCCUACAGAACAGUAAGCGCAAUGGCACAGAGUUUGUGGAAGAAUUCUGGAAGGUGCUCCCCAGUACGCUUAAAGAUGUAGCUGAAAAUGGCGAUGACCGUGGGAAGAAAACUGUGUCUAGGCUGGUUGAUAUAUGGCAAGAAAGAAGAGUUUUUGGUUCACGUGCUGGAGGCAUCAAGGAUGUGAUGCUUGGAACUGCUCCCCUGCCUGUAUUAGAUAUGACCAAAAAGAGGUCUCACGGUUCAUCCAUAAAGAUUGUUAAAAGAGAUUCACGUUCCGUAAAACUGAGACUAAGCGUUGGAGGAACUGCAGAGAGAAUUGUAUCUGCAUUGCAUAAUGUUCUUAGUGAACAAGGAGAUGAAGAUUCUGACCUGGAAAAAUGCAAGACUUCUAUGCGUCAUGUUGGAAAGAUGGAGAAGGAUGUUGACAGUGCCUGUAGCAAAGCUGAGGAUCCUCGCCGUGAGCCCCUUUGCACAGAAUUAAAGGGUGAGGAGGCCAGCAUGAAAAAAUGCAUCGAGAAACUCAAAGUAGUUGAAGAAAAUAGAGCGGCUGUUGUGUCUGAGUUGAAAGAGGCAUUGCAGGAACAGGAAUCUGAGCUGGAGAAGGUCCGCACUCAAUUACAGCUGGCUGAAGCAAUGGUAGAAGAAACAGCCAACAUGCAGCGGAGACUCAAUAAUGAGCCAAUCAUUCCGUCUGCCAAACUAACGUCAUCAGCAGAGACAGGAAAACCACUCUCCAAUGGGCAAGUAAAGGGCCAGCAGAAGACAGCUGCUGCUAUUCUUGCGGAUAAGAUCGCAGCAUCAUCAAACUCUCAGCAGAUACUCCAGUCUGCUCUUUCCAAGUUUGCUGCAGAGAAUUCAUCUGAGAUGCGCUCAGAUAAGAGGUUAAAAGUUGAUCAGGUCUCACAGGUUCCGAGCGUUGCAAAUGCUGCUGCCUUUGUACCAAUGCCGCCGAUCACCACCACAACGGUACAACAGCCCCAAACAAUAUUGGUACAACAAACUUCUGUCCAAAACCAAGCUCCUGCACCUCAGCCCCAAUAUAAUAUGUACCAGGCUCCUGCACAGCAUUAUGUCCAGCAGCCUGGAGGUUUAAUGAUGGGCAUGCCAUACAACAUGAACACCAUGAAUCCUCCUCCACCUCCGCCCCUGCCGCAGAUGAUGAACUUAGCAAGACCCUCGCCUUCAACACCUCAGGCACAAAUGGGUUUAAUGGCACAGACACAGCCGCAACAACCUACACAACAGAUGCUUCAGCAGCAAAUGCAGAUGAAUGUGGUGCCACCGAUGCAGUUCACACUUCAGCAGUCCGGUGCACCACCUUUCAGGCCUUUGCAACCACCUCCAGGGAUGCAAUUUUUCCAUCACCAAUCUCAGUGACUUUUUUGGUAGACCGUCCAGCUCUGUUAAACUGUAAAAGUUUCCAGUUUAGUAUUGACUGGUAGAGAGGAACUGACUGCUGUAGGAUAUACCAUUGGGUUGCUCAUUCCGUGAAGUUGUUGUACAUGUAACUUGGGGGAGUAAAAUGCUGUGGGAUAUGAGCUGAUUUCUUCUUGGCCCAUUUUUCGAAGGUUGUAGGUAUUGGGGGCCCGAGCUAGUAAUAAUCAUAUGUAGUGCGUUCAUGAAAGCAAUGUCACUGAGUCUCACAAGCUGUGAGCUAUAGAAAGAGAAUGUUGUGUACCUGUGUGUCAUUCCUCAUUAGUACUUAAAAGGAUUCUUCUUUCCGGCAGAGUGCUUCCAUUCCUUUGUUUAAUUGCUUAAAAAAAAUUAUGUUUUUCUAUGAAACUUUAAAAUUGUUGUGAAAUGUAGAUGCAUAGCAAUUGGUCCUAAUUAUUGCAACUUUUGGAAGAGGUAAUUUAGAUUCAAAGAUUUUUACUUCAUGUGGUACAAGAAAACUUUUGCAUUUACAUUGCUAAGGGGACUACAAGUGAUGAACUUAUUGUUACAAAAGCUUCUGAUGGAGGGAAAGUUGUAUUCAAUAUCAUAGAGGCUAUUCAAUAUUCUUGCUGGUGUAAAUAAAGAACUGGCAGAUUUUGCUUACAUGGAUUCGAAAGAGAAGGACUGAAGGUUUGUAUCCACUUGCAUCGUAUGUUUGUGCUAAGUUAUGAUCUGUCUUGGCUGCAUACCAAGGUUCGAAACUAGCAUGCCUUUUGGCUUUGCAGUAUGAUUUUCCUCCUUAAAUUAGUCGAAGUACUUUUGUUGCCAUGGAUUCUCUCAUACCAAAACUACUGCUGUAAUUGAUUAAGGUUUUUAUUGACGAAUGUGAUAACAGGCAUUGAUUAUUUUGAUCUAAUACAAUUUGCACUUGGCAGUACUCGAUUGUUUCUUAAUGUUAUGCUUUGUGUUUUCUCAGUGUUAGUGAGUAGGGAACUGAAGGACAAUAGGUCUCAGGAGGAACUUGGAUGCUGAAGAGGCAGAAACUAUGGAUAAGGUGUUGAUACACUGAUCUAUAAACUUAGUCAAACUUCAAGAAAUUUGAUUUAGGACAAAGAUGGAACAUCUUAUAUUUUAAAACGGAGGGGCGUAUGGAAUUGGGAUGAAGAAACAUGCAAACCUGAGCUGGCCCGCAGCUCGUACAAACAGAAAAAGCCGAACAGAUCAAUGAAGAUGUCGGUGCACAGAGGAUUUCUGCCAUAUUUUCAUUCAGGGCAGCAACGUUCUACAUGGCUGAUAGCAGUUGGUAUGCUGUGGCCCCACAUUUAAGCGUGUGUACACAUUAUUCAGAUUGUCUGUAAACUUCAUGUAACAAUCCGUGCACCGAGUAGUGUAGUAAUUUUGGUGGUUGCUUCUGGUGAAGCAAGAAGUCAGGGCAAAUGGCUAGUGAGAUUGAUGUGAUAGCAUAUACAGUAUUCCAUUUUCCCGGUUUA